AUGACUCCUCCCAUUUCUUCACAAUUAAGCAAACUACUAAAGAAAAGAUCUUCCAUCAAAUCAUCUGUUGAAGUGAUUCGCAAUUAUGUUAACAGAUUCAACAAAACCACACAAUCAAGUCGUCAACUUCAAACAAGACUUAAAUCAUUAAUUCAAUACAUUUCUGAAUUUAAUGAAGUUCAACAAAGUAUCUCAGAUCUGGACCAAGGGGAAGAAGAUGAGGCUGCGCGACUGGAGUUUGAGGACAUGAAUAUGACACUAUUAGCUGACAUGGAAGACAUGGUCGCUGAAAUGAGUACUGCAACAGUUAUAAACACAUCACAUCUUUCUAGUGCGUCAGGCGGAGAGACAGUAAGGUUGCCAAUGAUACAGCCUCCGACAUUCAAUGGAAGCUUGGAGGACUGGUCAUCAUUCAUUGAUACAUUCAACGCCUUAUUCCACAAUAAUGCACAGUUGAACGAUGUUCAACGACUGCACUACUUGAAGUCUAGUGUAACGGGUUCAGCAGCUGAUAUUAUAAAAAACUUUUCGAUAACAUCAGAAAAUUACAACGUUGCUUACAACGAAUUAGUACGCCAAUAUGAGAACAAAGGUCUCACCAUCCAGAGCCACAUUCGAUCACUUCUCCAUUCUCCUAAAGUAAAUGCACCAUCUGCAGUUGAGCUUCGCAACUUACAUCAUCAUGUAGCGUCACAUGUCCGUGCUCUCAAGGCAUUGGGACAGCCAGUGCAACAUUGGGACGCAUGGCUUGUGACACUAAUAUGUGGCCAGCUUGAUUCUAUCACUGCCAGUGAGUGGCAACUGCGACAAGAUAAGGAGCUACCAUCUUACAAAGAUCUUGAGUCAUUCUUGGCAAAACGAGUAACUGCUUACGAAGUUGGUCUCAUAUCAAAUCCUUCAGUUGAAAAGGCUUCACGAGCAAAAAAUAGCAAUCAUAAUAACAAAACAUUUUUUACUCACUCUAACGAAGGAAAGGUAGUUAAGUGUCCUAUCUGCACACAACCUCAUAAAAUCUAUUCAUGUAAUAGUUUUUUGAAAAUGUCAAUUGCUGAAAGAAAAAACGCCGUUGCUGCUGCAAAAUUAUGUUACAACUGUUUAAACUAUGGACAUCAAAUUAAAGACUGUCGUUUGUCGUCAUGCCCAAAAUGCAAUAAACGGCACAAUUCAAAAUUACAUGAGGAUACCCCAUCGAACAAUUUACUAGCUGAAUCAAACUGCGCUGAAGUAGACACGAGUGGAAGUGCACCCAGUUCAGUAUUUUUAGCAGGUGCUACUAAUGUUCAAAACUCUGAUGUCAAAUUCAAUGUCAUGUUGUCAACGUCCAUCAUUAUGGUCCAAGAUCCAGCUGGAAAUUGGUACAAGUGUAGAGCCAUCCUAGAUUCUGGAUCUCAACUUAAUUUUAUCACUAACGAGUGUGCAAGGAGAUUAAAGUUGCUAUCACAUGGCAACAAACAACAAUUCAUUACUGGUAUCGGCUCCAUAAGUUCAUCAGCUUCAAGUUCAUUCUCAGGCGUCAGAGACAUACUUAUAGAAGCACAUGAUUUGUUCGUUGUUGGUGAAUUGCAUGUUCAGUGA